CUGCUAUAUAGGGAAAUAUCUAAAAAAAAUUCCCGGGAUUACUUGAAACGAGGACGUCGACUGCGAUAUGUCAGUCUCCAAGAGAAGUGGAGUUGAUCUACUACCACAGGUCCAAGUCCCCCACAAUACACUACAAUUCACAUCACAGGUGGGUGGAACGGAAACAAAGACAUUGGUUGAACAUGUGUUUGUGUUCGAAUUAACUAAUACUGCAACGACAAGACAACGAGCAGGGACGCUUUGUAGCAAGCAGGCUUGUCCUUGUGUGAGGGAACCGCCACCGGGGCGUAUCCUGUUUCCCUCAGCACGCACUAGAGUUCCAGCAUCUCAUGCCGCAGGACCUAAAGGUCCGGGGUGUCGGGUCAUUCCUGCGCGGCAGGCUCCCGAUCAACCCACUUGCGGCCCUCCCAACUCGCCCUGGGCAGGCCUAAGCAGAUCCGAGCUGCAUCGGCGUGCCCGAAGCGAGGGGUUUUGUAGUGAGAUGAAAGCUACCAUUAGCCUUGGACGAUCCUCGCCAUAACCCCUUUGAGCCCCAACCUCCCUAGACUAAGUCGCCUGCAGAUCUCUCCUCGAAGCGGCGUCCUCCACUUACC